AUGGUUGCUGCUUGUUGUGCUACUUGUAUGAUAGGUAGAAGAGAGGUUUCAACCUCUUUUGACAGUGAACUGGAGAGAACUUUCCUGAGAUUAAGGAGGGAAGCAAGAAGAAAGAAGGCCAUUGGUGCAGAAGAAGAAGAGGAAGACUUGGAUGUAACCAUGGAGGAUGAUAUGGAAAACCAUCAUGAAGGACAGAUGCCUACUUGUAUUAAGUGGAUGAAGGAGUUACUAGCUAGGAAGAGCAACCUAAAGGGUGGCCAAACAGUGGUGAUGAACAAGGAAUGUAGUGCUCUCAUUCAGAAGGCAUUACCCAUAAAGAAAGGGGAUCCGAGAAGCUUCCACAUCCCCUGUGCUAUAGGAGACACCAUGAUUGAUAGAGGAUUCUAUGAUCUGGGAGCCAGCAUAAAUGUGAUGCCUCUAUCUUUCAUGAAGAGAUUGAAAAUCAAUAAGCUUAAGUCCACAGAUGUAAUCAUCCAAUUGGCUUACAAGACUCAGAAGCAAGCUGAAGGAGUAGUCGAGAAUGUUCUGGUCAAAGUGGAAAAUUACUUUCUCCCCAAUGACUUUGUCGUUCUUGAAAUGGAAGAGGGCCAUCCUCACCCGAUCAUCUUAGGGAGACCAUUCUUGGCCACUGGUAGAGUACUCAUUGAUGUAGAACAAGGAGAGUUGAUACUGAGAAUACAUGAUGAGAAGCUCACUUUCCAUGUCUUCAAACCCAUGUAUGAGUCUGAACAAGAGAGCAAGGAAUUAAAGGAAGAGUACAGUGAGAGCUCUUUGAAGGAGAACAACAAUGAACCACCAGCCAAGCCUCUGGAGCUUUCCUUGGUGGAUAAACAAGAAGCUCAAGAGAUGAAGCAACCAAGGAUACUAGAGGUGGAGCUGAAACAACAGGAACCAAGGGAAUCAAUCAACAAAGAUCACUCCAACAUAAGAGCUUCUAAAGCACUACUUAAAGAAGAGAGGAAAAUGGGGAAGAAAGUACCAAGGAGAUAG